CCCCGUCCAUGCUAACAACUGACAGCCGACGUCCAUCUCGGUUUGAAAAAUUCGCAAAAUUUUGCUCGCGAAUCGAAAACGCACCGAAAAGUUGUGCCCGCGACGUUUCCGACAUACGAAGUUGUGUGUCCUCGUGCCGACAGGAACCAGCAAACGUUUCCCGGUAGCCGGUCGCGUUCGGUCGCCCCCUGAAGGAUGGCUUUCUCGGUGCUGAGCGCGGUGGCCAAGAAGGCCUCUGCGAAUGUUUAUGUAACCAAUUGUUUGUUGCGGAAUGUUGGGGCUUUAUAUAAUUCCCAACAGGUUCGCAACGCCGGGAAGUGGUUCCCGGACGCGGAGUUCAUCAACCAGUUCAACUCGGCGGUGAUGUACCCCGAUGAGGUCACGUCCAAGUGGAAGAUUCCCCCAUGGAACAGCAAGAUCGCUCCGGUGGAGAAGACGGUCCGGAAUGUGAAGAUCAACUUCGGUCCGCAGCAUCCGGCGGCUCACGGUGUGUUGCGUCUGGUGCUGGAACUGGACGGCGAGACGGUGAUGAGAGCCGAUCCGCAUAUUGGCCUGUUGCACCGUGGCACGGAGAAGCUGAUCGAGUACAAGACGUACACCCAGGCUUUGCCGUAUUUCGAUCGACUGGAUUAUGUGUCCAUGAUGUGCAACGAGCAGUGCUAUUCCUUGGCUGUGGAGAAGCUGCUGAACAUCGACAUCCCACUGAGGGCCAAGUACAUCCGUGUGUUGUUCGGAGAGAUUACUCGGAUUCUGAACCACAUUAUGGCCAUCGGAACUCACGCCUUGGACGUGGGAGCCCUGACUCCGUUCUUCUGGUUGUUCGAGGAGCGUGAGAAGAUGAUGGAGUUCUACGAGCGUGUGUCGGGAGCUCGAAUGCACGCCGCGUACAUUAGACCAGGCGGUGUCUCGCAGGAUCUUCCGCUGGGUCUGCUGGACGACAUCUACGAGUUUGCUUCCAAGUUCGCCGAGCGUCUGGAUGAGGUGGAGGAUGUCCUGACCACCAACCGUAUCUGGGUUCAGCGAACUCAGGACAUUGGAAUCGUUACGGCCGAAGAUGCCCUGAACUACGGCUUCAGCGGAGUCAUGCUCCGUGGAUCGGGUAUUAAGUGGGAUCUCCGGAAGUCCCAGCCGUACGAUGCCUACGACAAGGUGGAGUUUGACGUCCCAAUCGGAACCAAGGGUGACUGUUACGAUCGGUAUUUGUGCCGCGUGGAAGAGAUGCGUCAGUCGUUGCGUAUCAUUGAUCAGUGCUUGAACCAGAUGCCGGCCGGAGACAUCAAGACGGACGAUGCCAAGCUGACUCCGCCGUCCCGUUCCGAAAUGAAGACCUCGAUGGAAGCGCUGAUCCAUCACUUCAAGCUGUUCACCCAGGGCUACCAGGUGCCUCCGGGAUCGACCUACACCGCGAUCGAGGCCCCGAAGGGUGAGUUCGGCGUCUACUUGGUUUCGGAUGGCUCGAGCCGUCCGUACCGGUGCAAGAUCAAGGCCCCAGGUUUCGCCCACUUGGCCGCCCUGGAGAAGGUCGGAAAGCACCACAUGCUGGCUGACGUGGUGGCCAUCAUCGGAACGCUGGAUGUUGUGUUUGGUGAAAUCGAUCGCUAAGGGGACAGUGUGCUGCGGAUACACAGUAGAGUGAGGGAAUGUGUUAAACGAAAAAAAGGAGAAAAAAAAACGAACAUGAUGCCCCGGCGGAAAACUGCAAUUUUUAAAAGCAUUAUGUAAACGACCCAAAUGUGCGAAAAUGGUUCAAUAAAGGAUUCGUUAAUACUAAUA